CCAGUACGAAAUAUCAUCAUUUGUAGCAGCCGCGACUUCUUCGAUCUAUGAAAUGACUGAGGCUAUUUCCUUGGUGCAAGGCUUUAAGCAAAUUUUUACCUUAGGCAUCCAAUCAUGAUUCAUCUCAAGGAGCCUGCAUGCUCACGGGCAUCUUUGGGAAGUUGCAUUGUUGCAUUCUACGUGUAUUAUUUUUUCUAUAUAUUUGGUUACAGCCUUCCCUUUAUAGUUCAACCAUCUUGAUUUUACACCUGAUAGAAACAAGACCCUCAACCCGCAACGCGUCUUUGACUUCAGACGCGUAUCACUCCUUUCAAGAAAUUGUUUGUUUUUCUAUUUGAUUCUCCCAUUACUGUCCACAGUUCACUCCCACUCCCGGUAACACGGUCGUCAUCGGGCCCUUUGGCAGUCAAGUAAUAAGUCACUUUGCCUCUCUAGUUGUCUGCAUAGCACUCGACAGCCAGCCUGCACACACUUACUUGGCAUAUAACGUUUUUGACUACUAUAAUGCUCCGAUCGUCAUUUACAUGUUGAUCAAGCCAAGUGCGAACAUAUAACCUUACUCUAAGAUGGCGUCGGAGAACAUUGAGCCUCAGAAAGCUUUCUAUCAGGACACUGGUGAUCCUAUGCCCAUUACCUAUACAAGCCAAGCUGGCGAGUUCCCUGAGUUGUCUCAAGACAUCGGCUAUUACGCCACUAGGAAGCGCUCAUUCAGCGAAUAUCGCGAAUAUCUCGAAUCAUCCGAGGAUUUAGAAGCUCCGAUUAACAAACUUCGUCGCGUCACUAUAAGCCCACCCAUACCCCAGCCGACAGCAGAACCAAUCACAGCAAAAUCACUCGAUCAACUAGAGAUCAAAAAUGCCAAUCUUAGGAUGCUAAACAAUUGGUACUGCUCCUUUGCAGAAACAACAGCGGCUGGCAGUAAUCUUAAGGAUAAAUCUUUCCUCGAUGAAUCUUCCGCCUCCAAGAACGGAGAUAACUUUGAAGAGCUAUUUUCGAACACCCAACCUGAUGACGCGCAGCAGAACCCAGCAGGUCCUCUAGAUGCUUUGCGAUAUCCUCUUUACAAGCAUCAAUUAAUGGCGCUGGAAUGGAUGAAGAAGAUGGAGCUAGAUGAGGGGAAGAGGGGUGGCAUACUUGCUGAUGACAUGGGUCUUGGAAAGACAAUUACGACCAUUGCUCUGAUGGUCAGUCGUGACACUGAACCAUAUCCAUGGUCUAAUGUGAAAACCAACCUCAUCAUUGCCCCAGUAUCCCUGCUCAAGCAAUGGGAGCGGGAGAUUAAGCAAAAAGUCCUGCCGGGCUACCAGCUCAAAGUAUUUAUACAGCAUUCGAGAAGAAAGGAUUACGAUCAGUUCCGCGAUUAUGAUGUUGUACUGACUAGCUACGGAUUGAUCGUGUCUGAAAUCAAGAAGAGGGAUCAAUACAUCAGGCAAGUGAAAAAAGAGGGAUCGGAAGUCGAUGAGGAUUACUUAUCUGAGAUCUGCCCAUUUCUGAGCCAAAAAAGCGUCUUCUACCGCGUUAUUCUUGAUGAGGCGCAGUACAUCAAGAACCAUAAAGCUCAAGUUUCAAAGGCCGUUUGCGAGUUACAGGCCAAGUACCGUUGGUGCCUGACAGGGACACCAAUGCAGAAUGGGCCAAACGAACUUGCUUCCCUUGUCAGAUUCUUAGGAAUCAAACCAUACUGCGUGGUUGAAAGAUUUCAUGCUGAAUUCAAAUCCCUGCAGCCAGGAUCUAAAGGUAGCCCAGAUCAAAAGAGGAGAGCAAUGAAAACACUGCAGGAUUUCCUUAAAGAUAUCCUGCUUCGACGAACCAAGAAGUCCAAGAUUGACGGAAAGCCUAUCAUCCAGUUGAAAGAGAAGACAGAGGUCAUUGACCAUGUUGUUUUUGAUCCAGACCAACAAGAGUAUUAUGCUACUCUUGAGAAGGAUGCCCGUGUCCAGUUUAGCAAGUAUCUUAGGGCUGGCACAAUUGGGAAGCAUUAUACCGAAGUCUUGAUACUCCUUCUUCGGUUGCGCCAAGCUUGUUGUCAUCCGUAUCUGCACCUCACUGAUCUAGAACUGAUCGAACCCGACAUACCAGAGGAGCAGGCAGGUGAAUCUGCAAAGACCCUACCCCCAGAGGUAGUCGAGCAUGUCAAGGAAACUGAUAUCUUCCAAUGUUCCGUAUGUUCCGAUGCCGUAUCAAACCCUUCUAUCAUGUGCCCUUGUGGAGAUCUGUUCUGCUCGCCCUGUGCUGAGGCAUUUACGAACAUACUUGGAGAGAACAUGAUACGCGCAGCAGGGGAUGAGCAAAGCGUAGAAUGUAUAGCCUGUCACAAGCAAGGCAAAUUCACGAUAAUCAAAUUCGAUUCAUUCUUGAAGACGUACCAGCCUGAGCGACUUCAAGAUGAGAAGGAGUCAGGAGCGGGUGACGCAGAUGACGACGCGGAUGAUUCCGAUGAUGAUUACGAAGUUGAUCUUAGACCAGACGCACUUGCGAAGUUGUGCCAGCGGGCAAAGCACAAUCGGCAGGCCCACAAAAGGUACAUGCGAAGCCUUCGUGAAAUCUGGCAGCCAUCGGCUAAGGUAGCCAAGUGCUGCGAGCUCAUUUCGACCAUCCAGAAUACUACGGGAGAGAAGAUUGUCGUUUUUUCCCAAUGGACCAUUUUCCUUGACCUGAUUCAAAUCUCAAUCGAAGAUGAACUUGGGCUUCGAGUUAGUCGCUACGAUGGUAGUAUGACAGCAACCAUGCGUGAUAAGGCAAUUAGUGAAUUCACCGAGGAUCCCGAAGUGAAGGUUAUUUUGGUGUCUCUCAAAGCCGGAAAUGCUGGCCUCAAUCUGAUAGUAGCCUCACAGGUUAUUAUUAUGGAUCCGUUCUGGAAUCCCUACAUCGAGAAUCAGGCCAUCGACCGUACAUACCGCAUUGGUCAACAGCGAGUUGUUACAGUCCAUCGAAUCCUCGUCGAGAAAACUGUGGAAGAUCGAAUUAUGGCCACGCAAGAGAAGAAGCGUCGAGUCGUCGAGUUUGCUCUACAGGGCGAAAACGCGACCAAAGACAUGAGCAAACUGGGCACUGAGGAUCUCGCAUUCCUCUUCGGCAUGGGUUCUUAGCUACGAAAUCCGGGACCUCAAAGGAUCUAAUCCAUACAAUACCUCAUUAUACCAAUUACUAGGUUACUGGUUUCUAUUCGUCCAACCAUUCAUUACUUUACGCCUUUCCCCCUUUUUUUCUCUUCUGUUCUUCCUAUCAGUUAGAUGCAAGCGACUUCUAAUGAUAUUCGGACAAAAGGAGGUCUAUUUUGUUGUUUUACGACGCAUGGCUCUGACACGAUUUACCAUGUGUUUGAUUAGCAGCCCAUCGAUCCUUGAGCGGAUGAGCAUUAUAAUUGCGACUUGAUAAGAGGUAUACCGUCUGCCUAGGCUUGCAGUUGAGUCGGCUACCGAAAGGAAGGACAAAGGAUAUUAUUUCGUACACGAUCCUGCCUCGAGGCGAACCAUGGGUGAUGGACGAUUUGUUUGUACUAAGGGAGUGUGAUGUGUAUGGGUGGCUUUUGCAGUAACGAACUUGCUAUAUAUGGCUCUUUUGUUUGAUGUGAUUGUAUUCUCCAUAGUUAUACUCACGACUUAAUAAGAUUGAGUAUGUUUCUUUUC